AUGUCGCGGUCGCGCACGGUGCGGAUCUUGUGGGACGACCCCGACGUGACGGACUCGUCCAGCGACGAGGAGGAGGCGCGCGGCGCCCGCAGGGUGGGGAGGAUGGUGCGGGAGCUCCCACCCGCCCCUGCGCCGCUCCUCACCGCCGCAGCUGGUUUGCCGGAGCUGUGCAGCGCCGGUGACGACGACCGCUCGUCGAGGCGGCCCGGCCCUGGCGGCGGGUGUAACCCCGUUGCGGCGCGGAAGAGGGCGGCCAACAAGGGCGCGCAGAGCGCCAAGUUCCGCGGCGUGCGGCGGCGGCCGUGGGGCAAGUACGCGGCGGAGAUCCGCGACCCGUGGCGCGGCGUGCGCGUCUGGCUCGGCACCUUCGACACCGCCGAGGAGGCGGCCCGCGUGUACGACGCCGCCGCCGUGCAGCUCCGCGGCGCCGGCGCCACCACCAACUUCUCCGCCGACUCGGCCGACAGCGCCCAGCAGGAGGAGGACGCCCCGGCGGCGGGCGGCGGCGGGUACGAGUCCGGCGCGGAGUCCUCGCAGGCGGCGUCGUCCCCGACCUCCGUGCUCCGCAAGGUGCCGUCCAUGUCGUCCCUCGCGGAGGACAGGGCGUACGACUCCGAGCCCUGCCACGGCGACGCCCCCACCCGCGGCCUAGCGGCCCUGGAGGAGCUGGGCGAGUUCGUGCCGUUCGAGCACGCGCCGGUCUACUCAUCAGGCACCGGCUUCUGGGACUUCGAGCCGCAGGCGGGCUUGCUAUACGCGGAGCCAACCUCCUCGGCCGAGGCGGCCUCCUGGGACGACGCCUCCACCGGCGAGCCGUGGGCCGCGCCGCCGCUGGCGGGGGUGCCGGAGAACGACUACUUCUUCCAGGACCUGCGCGACCUGUUCCCGCUCAGCAACCUUCCCGCGAUUUUCUAA